CGUACGACCUGUCAGUUGCUUGUGAGCCAUUCCCCUAUUUUGGUCAUAAAAAAUCAGCUCAUUGUAUUUAUUGCACAAAAUAUAAAUUAAAUCCUGCCCCAUUCCCACGAUGGGGGACAAAACAAGCAAUCCGUACGAUAUGGACGGUUCGUCCUUCGAUGCGGAUCGUUAUCUGCAGAAGCUCCUCAAGGAAUGUUCGCUGAAGCAAAUCAUGGACACCGAGGCAACGAUCGUGCGCCAAACGCAAACACUCCACAGCGACAUGCAAACGCUCGUGUACGAAAACUACAACAAAUUCAUCUCGGCCACCGACACCAUCCGCAAGAUGAAAACCGACUUCAAGUCGAUGGAAACGGAAAUGAACCUGCUGAUGGCAAACAUGAACUCGAUCACCGAGUUUAGCGAGCGCAUUACGGACACGCUGCAGGAAACGCGCUCCCAGCUGACGCGCCUGUCCGGCAAGCACCAGCUGCUGAAGAAGCUACAGUUUCUUUCCUCCCUGCCGGCGAAGCUGAAGACGCUGAUCGAGGAAGAGAAUUACCAGCAGGCGGUACAGGAGUACUCGCACGCCCAGAAAGUGCUGCAACAGUACGGCCAGCAGCCGUCGUUCCAGGGCAUACAGGAGGACUGCAUAAAGAUACUGGACGAGCUGAAGGAGCGGUUGAAGGGCGAGUUCCGCCAGACGGGCAAAUCGGCCCAAUCGCUCACGGAAAUCGGUGAACUGUUGCUGCAGCUCGGCGAACGCCCAUCGUCCCUCGCGAAGGAGAUGCUCGAGUGUGCCUCGAAGCGACUGCACGAGCAGAUUGUCGUGCUGCAGGAUCAAACCGAUCGCGAUAUGAUCGAGUUCAUUGACCUGGGCAUCGAGGGAUUCCUGAAGGAUCUGACGCUGGUAAUUAGCUCGUACAGUGACAUGUUUCUCACCAAGCAUCUCGAGCAGGAGGCGGACGACUUUGAGCAGACGGCCCGGAUCGAUCUGAACGCGUUCGUGAACCGCAACGUGGACGAGUAUCUGGCGCUGGUGCAGGACCGGGCCGAGCUGGAGAUUGGCCACGGCGAUUCGCAGAUCAUACUGCGCGGGCUGGACCGACUGCAUCGCCGAAUGACCGCCAUGCGAACGCUCUGCCGUGCGGUGGACAUGAGCAAGUCGGGCAUUGACAUCAUCGUGAACGCGGCGCAACAGCUCUGCCAAACGCACAUGCGCUCGCUGAAGGACCAUUUCGCGGACAGUCUCAGCUCGGUACGGUUGGCGCUGGUGAGCUCGGCCAAUACAGCCCCAGCAGGUACUGCCGCUACCUCCUCCUCCUCCCAGUCAGGGGCAGCCGGUGGACAGGGUAGCGCCAGUGGCCACACGACCACACCGUUGCGCGAGCUCAUCUCGAACCUGUACAUCUCCACCAUCGAGAAGGUGAAGGGACUGAUGCAGGACUUGCUCAUCUUCCUACAGCCCGAAUGGUCCUUCAACCUGAAAGGCGACCCCAAGGGCGUGCAGUGCAUUGAGGGCAUCCGGGAGAAUCUGCUCGUCGCGUUCCUGCGCCACUUUUGCACCACGGUCAAUGGGUACGGGACCGUUAGUUCCACCGCUCCACCGACCCUGCUGCUCGUGCUGUCGAAGGUUUGCCUCGAGAUGGAUCGGGCCGGUGUGCACGCGCUUACCUCGCUGGUGGACGAGCUGUACAACCUGGACGCGGAGCGUAGCGGCACACUCGUGCACGAGUCGGAACUCUGCACGGAGAUGCGUGAUUCCGCCCAGCUGCUGCUCGACUCGUACGUACGUCUGCAGGGUCUGCACCUGUCGCAGAUGCUGCGCAAAAGUGUGGAAACGCGCGACUGGCUCAACUGUCUCGAGCCGCGCUCGGUGCGGGCCGUCAUGAAGCGCGUGGUGGAGGAAAUAUCCGCCAUCGAGGCCGUGCUCGGCGAGCUGUACGAUAGCAGCGUGACGCAGCACGGCGGAUCGCGUACGACGGCGAGCAGCGAUUCGAGCCGCAAGACGCACUUCAGCAUUGCCGCCUCGAAGCAGUCCCAGUUCCGGUCGACCUGGUCGACGUACACGCCGCAGUCGCAGCUGGACAGCAGCUUCGUGUCGAACAUGCAGCGGCUGUUUUCGGAAAAGAUCGAAAUCUUUGCCCCGGUCGAGUUCUCGAAGGUGUCCAUCAUUACCGGCAUCAUCAAGAUCUGUCUGAAGACGCUGCUCGAGUGCGUGCGGUUGCGCACGUUCAGCCGGUACGGGCUGCAGCAGAUACAGGUCGAUGCGCACUACCUGCAGAUGAACCUGUGGCGGUUCGUGAGCGACGAAAAUCUGAUUCAUGUCCUGCUCGAUGAAAUCCUUGGCUCGGCCGUGCUGCGCUGCCUGGAACCCAUCCUGAUGGAACCAAACGCGGUGGAAAUUAUCUGCGAACGAAACUAAAGUUGCAAUUGAACCAACAUUCCAACGUAUUAGACAUUCGUAUUUAAAUAUUUAAACUAAAGAGAAAGUAAGGUUGCAAUUGUUAUCGCUUUUCGGAUAUCGAUCGGACAGAAAUAAAAGAAGAAAAACCAUAACACCAGCGGUGUACGCUCAUUAA